ACCUGAAGAUGACUGUUACGGCAAGACGGGGCGGCCCGCCACUGUCACAGAUCAUGUCACAUAGUAACAUGACAUUUGCGCCGUGACUGACCAGCGUUCCUCAUCGUCGCCCACGACGCUGACCCAUUAUCCUCUUUCAACUUAUUGAUAGCCGAUAUCGAGUAAAUUUUACGAUCACAUCCUGAAUCUGAUCACACCCAGUGACUUGGAAGGCAGCAGUCUCACUAUUUCCACCAUUUGCUACCUUUCGUUCUCCUGAUCAUGGAUGAGCUCGUGCAUCAUUGUCUCCGAGAACUUUCGUUCGACGGCGAUCUUGGUUGCAACGUUUCCCGCUUGCGAGAUUUCAUCGUAGGAUUUCAUAGUCACGACGCUACCCACCCGCAAGUCGUCGACGAUGUCUUUUGCGCGUUCGUCUGGUCCAUAGUCGUCCAGCAACCCACUGUCCGCGUUGGUACUGUCCCUGCGGGUGUGUCGUCCGAAGUGUACAUCGCUCCUCAGACGAGCGCAAAGCGUAAGGCGGCAGCUAAGGGCGAGGUACUUGUCGAAGAGGCCCCGCCGUCUCUUACUCUCGUUGAGAAUGCACGUGCGAGGUCACUGGAAGACCUGAAGGCAGAAUACGGUGAAGACCUCAGAAUUGCUGUUGACCCAGAGACAUCUUUUGCUGCAAUCACAGGAUCACAUAUCAGAUCCUCGAAACUCAGUCCAAUGGUUUACAGCGCUUUGCAGCUUAUCACAAGAGGCCGCGAAGAAGGUAUUACAACUGUCGAGCUCGGACGUAAGACAAAAUACGAUCAGAAGACAUGUUUUUAUGUCAUUAAACAAUUGCUGGAGCUUGGCUUAAUUAUCAAAGCACGGCGGGGAGGUGUUGGUAAUCACUCCUGUAUUCACAAAUAUUUUGUGGAGCGCAGCGCGUUCUGGCAACAGAUCCAGCAAGAGGAAGCCAAAGAUGACGAGCCAAUUGUUAUUGGAGAGAGUCAUCCACAAGACGGAACACCUGUCGAAGAUGGGACUCCCACAGGAGAACCUUUGGAACUCGACUUUGAGCCUGUGGAUUCCAGACAUCUGUCUAGUCUCCCACUAAUCAAAAAGCGAAUCGUCAAGUUGCUGAAGGCGUCGCAGAACAAUAUUCACGCGUCAAAUAACUUAAUGAUAACCAUCGGCUUCACGAACCCAACCAAGACAGACCGUCGCUUCUUCCAAACCCGUCUGCGGGAGUUGAUUGCGCAAGGAGUGAUAGAACGUGUAUUGGUCCCGAGCUCCAAAGUAAAAGACAGGCUUGUCAAGUGCAUACGACUUGUCACUCCGGACAAUCAACUCCCAGAGGGCGGUGUCGUUCUUACCCCUCAGGAAGGCGAGGACGAUGAGAAGGAAGUUGUAUUUGAUGAUGCUUCUGCUGGUCACAUUGAGGUUAGGGCAAACCGCACAAUACAAAAACAAGUGUCAGAUCUGCUUGAAGAAGCAGGGUCUUCUGGCAGAACUCUCUACGAAAUCUGCGGUGCUCUUGGCAAUUUCGAUAAACGCACUAUUGAGCUUAUGUUGACGCGAGCAGCCAAAAGUCGACCCCCUGCUCACCUCAGUGAUCUCGGGACAGCGGACUUCAUGGAGUCGUUUGGGCGGGAAAGACGACAUCGAUACUAUACUCUCGCCGCAUAUAAAACGGUCAUGGCCAGCGAAAACCUCGAAGAUACGACGAUGUCAUAUGUUGACAUCGAUCUUUCAAAAGCCGGUGAUUUUGCUGUUUUCAACGAGGCGAUGUUUUGCGAUGACGAUGAAACGCUCCACUACUAUGAAGACACAUUCAAGGGCAAGGAGGGCGCCAAAUCGAAGACAGGGGCUAAGAAGCGUAAAAGGGAAGAAACUGAAGAUCCAGGAGAUGAGGAAGCGGUUGAGGAUGCGCCAGAACCUGCCCCAAAGGCCAAAAGAGGUCGCCCACGUAAAAUCCUACGCGCUGAAGAGGGCGGUGACGUUCCUACCCCGGCGAAGCGUGGUCGACCUCGCAAACAGCCGAUUCCUGAGGCGGGUGAUGCGACCCCGACGGCACCUAAGGUUCCCAAAAGGCGGGGCCGUCCACCCAAACGGAAGCCUGAUGCUGAACAAGCCGACUCCCAUGCCGAGGUUCCAACGAGUGAGCCGAUGGAGGGUGUGAGUGGCCCUGUUCUUCAACCACCAGUCCCGUCAGCGUCUCCACCAGUGACCGGCGGAGACUCUCCAGAGAGUCGAGCUAUGACGAGUGUAGCUACUUAUCGACAAAGAGCGGCGUCGGUCACACCCCAUCCCGUUUCUAAGCCCCCGACUUCAAGUCCGAAGGAAGCAGGUCGUUCGUUUCAGGGACCAUUUGACGAUCAUCACCAUAUUAGUCAAGCUGUAGCAGACGCCAAUGUGCAAGCCGCGGUACCACCUCCGUCUGCUGUUAUUGCGGUCACUACUCACGUUGGUGACGUGGUGGAAUCUCGCACUGGGCUUGUGGGUGUUCAUGUAGAGGAAACAAGCCCCCGGAGAUCUCGCAGAAAGCCAAAACUUCGCGAGGGUGAUGCUUCUUCCAGCCAGAAACGUGGAGCUGCUAUAUCUGGAAUUGAAGUGGAAGGGCUACCGGGAGACGAUUCUACUGAUCGAAUGAAUGAAUCAGAGGUCACACCACAUGUAGUGGACGGUGCGAUAGUCGAUGGUUUACCUGUCACGGGUCAUCAUCCUUCCGCACAAGAUUCCAUGAUUAUCGAUCCUGCGUUGCUAGAGACAUCCUCUGCGGACGUGACGCCCGUGAUAGGAGAGAAACGAAAGGGAUCCCCACCACCAGUGAUGGCUUCUCAACCCAAGCGCUCGCGAACGUCUACGCCCGGUGACAAGCUUAAAGGAAAUCCGAACAUAUCUCAUUUACGCCGUGAGAACGAAUUUUUCCGGGUGAUUCAAGACCUUGGCGGCAUUGCAAAUCUGCACACAAAACAUUUUUUUGAUGCUCAUAUCGCUCUGCUGAACGAUAUGGCUCAGCGUGGAGAACCUGCAAGUGCGCCCUCAGGAACUCGUAUCGACAAGAGAACUGCAGAUGCCACUAUAAAGAACAUGGAAAGUCGCAGCCGCAUCAAAGUCCUCAAAACUACUGUUUUCUCUGCCACGGGAAGCACUCGGCCUGCCUCUCUGGUUUAUCUCCCAGACACGCCUCAAGAGAAAAUCAACGCCUUUUUGCAUGACCUGAGUCACAGCGCCCCGACUCCAAACGUUCCGCCAGUUAAGACAUUCGAGGAGCCUGUGGAUUUCGGAGCUCCCAGCGGCGUUUUGCAACGCACCACUCUACCGCUUCACCUGCUGCAAAUAGAGACUCCCGGGAAAGAUGGCGGUGAACACCAGGUUCUUGACGUUGCCAAGGCGGAGGAGCUCUUCUCAUACGACUCUGAAACGAUCCGCGACGUUCUCCUUACGGAGAGGACCACGGUAGCACAGUUGUAUGGCUUCAGGGUUGGGAAGGCCGCUCGGUUGCGGGACUUUCAUGUCUUUACCCUUGGAUUGCUCGAACAACAUUCUUCGCCUCGUAUUGUGUCCCAUGAGCAUCUUAUGAUCGACAUCUCCUUGUAUCAGCUUGACGUUCCCAUUGCCGUUUAUUGCUCAUUUAUUGCUGUUCUCAGCUACGACGAAGAGCUAUCAACGCUUAUGGCCUCGGCGGAGGGCAGAGAAAUACUGGUCAGAGAUCUGCCGAGCCGAAUAUCGGCAAAGCUGCAGGUGGGGAAGUCGCGUUCCAAAUCUCGCGUUCUGGAACUCUUGGACACCCUUCGACUCCUUGGCCUUGUGACCCCUUACGAACCAUCUACAGACGAAAACGCGGAUUUUAGAUGUACACUCCCUGAUGGUCGGACAGUUGCAGUUAGAGCAGCCUCUUUCGAAGGAUGGCGGGUAUCUACACCAUCUGCCGCACCUCAAUAUUGGCGUUUCAAUGAAACAGCACCGUUAUAUCUCUGGGCUCUCUCUGAUUCUUGCCCGUCUUACUGGAGGCAUGUCUCUGUGAAAUCUCGCUGCGAUGGUGUAGCUUUUUGGGACGAGCUGCAUAAAGUCAGCCGAGACGUUGCUUAUGCACGAAGCACCGUUUGUCCAACUCACGGCACUUUAGGACCUCCGGCAAACACACUCCUUGUUCGAUUUCUCCGCCGGAGAGUGUCUUGGGACUUGGAAUACCACCUAACUUGGCACCAGAAGCGGUACCUAGACAAUUCCGUAGACAGCGCCACGGCCCGCAGUCCACUUGACGAAGAGGACAGUGACUCACGACUGCAGCAGAUUUGUCGUGUUCUUAGCGCUCCGCGCGCGCCUGUUGUCGCAUACCUCAAAGAAGCUGCUGAAAAGGCUUUACGUGAAAUGAAGAAAGCACGGGCGAGGCAGAAAAGAGACGAGGCAGAGCAUCACGCGAAGCAAAAUAUCGAAGCCAAAGCAACACUUCAACAGAAGGCUGCAGAAGCAAAACUUCACAGGGAAAACGACUGGGUAGCUCUGCUUCAGCGCCUGCACCCUGGGCCACUCAAGGGCACGGUUGGCAUCCGGAUUCGAGCUGUUCGCAAUCGCUUUAUGCAAUCCAGCUCAAUCAGAGAUACGGGUCGAUGGCAAAGCGAAAUAGAAAACGCCAUCCGGGAGGCGCGACUAGCUUCAAACAAGGUUAUCGCAAGGCCGAAGGCGCUUACGCGCCCCGCAGCAUUGCCACCCGUUGUAGCCAAUCCUCCUGAGAAAUCGGUGCAUUUCCUCAUAGCUCAGCAAGGCCCGCCUAUUCUCCCACAACAAAUCGGCAAAUCAAGAGGGAAGACCAAAACCAAGGGAGAUUAUGGAGAUCAAUCAGAGCAUAAAACACCACAGCAGCGGCGCUCCAGAUUCCAUUGGACUCGAGAAUACGAUGAGCUCGCCCGUGAUACAUCCGCUGUCAUUCGUGCUCGAUGUCGCGGUGGGGUCAAGAUCGACCUUUCAGCUUUCGACCAAGUGUUUCCCGGUGUCCCACGUAAUUCUGUCCGUCUCCGUCUCUCUCAUCUCCGAGAGAAUACUGGUGAAGAAGUGUACAUGAAGCGUCUCGAGGACCGAUGGCACGACCUUUGGAUUCAGCAUAGGGGUACCGAGCAUCUUCCCGACGAAGAUCCUCAAAGCCCGUCGAACUUUGACAUCAUAAAUCACAUAGAGUUUCUCCGGCAGCAUGUUGAUAAGAACGCCUUGAGAGUUGGCUACGUUGAGCAUACAACUCGGACGAAGCUACCAGCAUCCGUGGAUGAUAUCAUACAUCAUUUCAAUGUGCUCUGCAAUACGACUAUUUCUCCUGCUUGGGAUUUUAUGUGGCAAGCUACGGUCGAAGAAGGUCGAGAGAAACAGUUUCUCCGACAGUCUUUCACUCAUGGAGCAGACGAUGUUCCAUACGUCACAAACACGAGUGACGAUGUAGUUCAAGUCGCGGAAGCUGCACUGAAGGUGGCAGUUGUUUGCUUGACCUGUCCGCUUGCUUCUUACUACCUGUUCGCCUUUCUACAGAUGGUUUUUGGCAUGCCUACCGAGCAUUACGACGCCGACUUGUCAGCGAAAAUGCUUCACAGCGCUGGCGAUCAGUCUGUAUCCCUUGCAACCUCCAACCUUUUACGCCGCGGAGUCUUGUCAAAGGUGGUUCGCGAUCCCAAAAAGAUGAAGCCGGGACGUACAUUAAAAAUAUCAGAUAUCAACCUAAACGCCAUCGGAGGCCCCAUACAUGGCGACUUAUUCCAAGACGCUGUAGCUUUGGAUGAGGUAUUCGCAGAACAAGUUGACAGCAUGGAGUGGCCUUUGUUAGCCUCUGAUGGUGACACCGCAGCACUACUCCAGCUGGUGUCAGAGGAACAGGUCGAUUUCAUCAUAGAUAUGGCACAAUCGCGAAAUGCUCGAGCAAGGCUUGACUGGAACAGCAAGAAAGCAGAUGACGAUGACAUCGAGACUAGCAUUCAAGUCCGCUUGAAUGCACUCGACGGAGACGAUAAUGAGGGCAAUGGAAGUGCUGUAUUACCUUCAUAUGAGACGCGCUCGGAUCCUACGAACAUGCCUUUGGACGAGAGCAUGCAGCAUGGACAAACGGUAACCGGAGCUGAGGCUGCUUGCACUGAGCAGACACAAUCAAGGAUUAUAGAUUGCGUGUCGUGCAUUGAAUCAACUUUUUCCGAGUUCGCCGCUCGUCUGGAUAGCGAACAACAAAAACUCGCUCGAAAUAUUUUUGAUGGAGUCCGUGCGUCGUUAGAGUCAGGCACAUCAAAGUCGCACUACCUGACUCUUGGUGCUGAUGAUGUGGUCAUGGACCUGCUACAGCGAAUGUCCCAAACAUCUCCACCCCUCAUUAUGUGGGCUGGAUACUCUGCGCCGGUCAUCGUUUCCUGCCUUUAUGCUCGUCCUUGGACAGUGGAGAUCGUUAGGGAACCAAAAACUCUUGCCUUACCUCGACGUUGGCUAGACAUCCGUGGGGGUACAAUACGAGACGUCUGGAACGCCGCUUUGCAUGCCGUGGUGGGCAUCAUUUUUUUCCACCCAGGAAUUUCUCAGACCGAACUGCGGUGGAAGCUUAGGGCAGUGUGUGACCGACAGGAACUCGUGGACAUUAUGUGCUUCUUGUACCGCGAAGAAGCUAUUCACGCACGAUUUGGUACAGAUCUAUGUCCGACUGGCCCAAUGUGGCCGGCCACAUUGGACGACGGAGAGGAACAGCAGGUUUACUGGUUCAUUGGAAAGAUUAAAUAUUGGUAUCAAGUCUAAAUCCAUCUAAAUCCAUAAUCAUAUUACCAGACGUGAUUUGAUUCAAGACGCAAAAGCGUUUUAACGAGCAACUUUGAUCAUGAGGAUACUAAAAUUUCUUUCCGUCCAUAUGCUGUGACUGCGGUGCUAUUCUGAACUGACAACAUAUUUGCAAUUCAAUCAUUG